AUGUGGAAUGCGCCUCGCUGGUCGCUGCUGGAACAUGUUUUCAUUGGAAACUCGGCGCUGGCACUGGCUCCAACGGUCGUGGGGACCUGGAAGGCCGGGCGGAGGGGGAACGGGGCCGGAGGUGGGUGGGUGCGAGCGAGGUCCCGUUCAUUGCUGGGUCGGAUGGAGCUGUUCCAGUCGCAGACCGAGUACACGGUGCGGGGGGCCGACAGCUGCCUGUCCUGCAGCCGGUCCAGCGGCAGCAUGGAGGUUAAGGCUGCUUCUGAAGUGGAUCUGUCUAGGGCUGUCUGCCUUGGCCUUGUUGAAGGAGUUAUUGGGAAGUUUCAAUUUCACCCAGACUUGGAAUGCUUCCUGAUCCUCGUUCAACAGAAGUGCUUGGUCGGCACGGUUCCCGGGAAACAUGACAUGUAUAAAAUCACCAAGGUGGCUGUGAUACCGCUGACUGAUGCUGAACCUCAGGAUCUGAAGCUGGAGUUUUGCAAGACACAUCAGCGGCCUCCAUCUGACUCUGCCGAACCUUUCUUCCCGAAAAAGGUCACGGGGGAUUCUAGUUCCAAGUGGCAGCUCAGCAAUGAGAAGUUGGAACGACGCCUCCUGGAGGAUCUUGUCAAGAUGUUUACCGAUUCCGACUCGUUCUACUACAGCCUGACCUAUGACAUCACAAACACAGCCCAGCGGCAGCAGUGCGGGACAGAAGGCCAGCUGAGGACGCCGCCAAGGAUUGACGAUCGAUUUUUCUGGAACAAGUAUAUGAUUCAAGACUUGCUUAAGCAAAAGAGCGCCAUGACAGAUCGGUGGAUCAUUCCCAUCAUCCAGGGCUUCGUGCAGGUGGAGGAGAUCCACGUCGGCCACGGCAAACAGCCCCCGGGGGAGUCCGCCUUCUCGGACUGCCUGGUGGGUGAGCAGCCGCCGAGCUCGCCCGAGUCAAAGUUCCUGCUCAUCCUCAUCUCCCGGAGAAGCAGGCACCGAGGAGGGAUGCGGUACAAACGCAGGGGCGUCGACAGCGAUGGGAAUGUGGCCAAUUAUGUGGAGACUGAGCAACUGAUCUACAGUGGAGACGACAUCUUAUCCUUUGUCCAAAUACGAGGAUCUGUCCCUGUGUUCUGGAGUCAGGAGGGCUAUCGGUAUAAGCCCAGUCCGAAGCUGCACAAGAGUGAAGAAGAGAACAAACACGCUUUUCAGACCCACUUCAGGGAGCAAUUCAAAGUUUACAAUAAGCAGGUUAUUAUCAACCUUGUGAACCAGACGGGGACAGAGAAGCUGAUUGCCGAUGCUUACCUGAGGCACUUCAAGAUGCUCAACGAUCCACGCCUCAUUUACGUGGCCUUUGAUUUCCACCAGCAAUGUCAGGGCAGAAAGUUUGAAAAUGUUGAGAUCCUGACCGAUGGAAUUAGCAGAAUCAUCAAUGAUCUGAAGUGGUUGAGGUUGUCCAAGGGCAGGGUGGUGACGGUACAGGAGGGAGUACCUCGUGUUAACUGUAUGGACAACCUCGACCGUACCAACAUCGUGCAGACUGUCAUUGCCCGCAAGAUCCUGGAGCAACAGCUGAAAGUGCUGAAGAUACUUGCACAACAACACAGUCUCCCCUCCAGCAUUCAAAGAAUAUUCCAGAUCAUGUGGGCAAACAACGGCGAUGCCAUCAGCAGGCAGUAUGCGGGCACAGCUGCCAUGAAGAGUGACUUCACUCGGACUGGAGAGAGAAGGCUUUCUGGAGUGAUGAAAGAUGGCUAUCGUUCCGCCAACAGAUAUUACCUCUGUCACUUCAGACACGCAUACAGACAGGCCAUAAUCGAUAUGAUGCAUGGGCUUCAGAUGACCAAAGGCUUUCACAAACUCCUUGGAAACCAAGAGCCCGAAAAGGCUCUGCUCAUCAAGGAACAAUGGAGAGGCCGGAAGCAGGAAAUUGAAGCUUUGAUCCUUUACUGUACUUCCCUGCUGAUACCAGCUGCUGAGAAGCAUUUGGGAGGCUGGCUCUUCAUUGAUUGUAAUUCAAGGUCUACCAGCCUUUCUUUGUUCGGAAAGAUCAAUCGUUCAGUAGGACUAUGUGCUUCAGGUCCCAUCAAGUCUGCUCUGCCAUUCUAUUGUGCCUGAUUUAUCAUCCCUCCCAGCCCCAUUCUUCCUGUAACCUUUGACACCUUACUAAUCAAACACCUAUCAAACUCUACUUUCAAUAUACCCCAUGACUUGGCAUCCACAGCCUUCCAUGGGAAUGAAUUCCAUGGGUUCCUUACCCAUUGGCUAAAGAAAAUCCUCCUCAUCUCUGGUCUGAAGGGACAUUCUUGUAAUCUGAGGCUGUACACUCUGGUCCUUGAUCACCA